AUGUCGUCGCCAAUGAUGGGAAAAGAUUUUGAUUACCGGCAUGCCGCUUACAACGGCGGUCUUGGUGCCGUUCCCAUGGAACCCGUCCUGGAAUCACAACCCCCAGCCGCUGCUUCGUCAGCUCCUAUGAGAUCCCCGCUGCAACCUGCUCCAGCGACUUCCACUCCUUCUCCAGGACCAAGAGGACCUGAACACACUGAUGGAGAUGAAGCUUUGAUGGAUCUGGCGCAACUAGAAGAUCUUCACAACGAAGCGGAACGAAUGAAAGGAUUGGGAAACAAACACAUGGCAGCUCAGGAAUAUAACAAAGCAUACAAUGCCUAUUCCGCGGCUCUUCAAUUGUCCCCUGUGGGUCCAUCAUCGCACGUGUUUUUGUCCAAUAGAUCUGCUGCUUUGCUUUCCUUGAAGAGAUAUUCUGCUGCAGCAACUGAUGCCAGACGUGCUAUUGCACUAGCCCCUACCUUUGGAAAAGCGCAUGCUCGUUUGGGUCAAUCGUUGUAUUUCUUGAAGGACUAUGAAGGAGCUGUUAGUGCCUAUCAGGACGCUAUUACAUAUGAACCAGACAACCCAAUCACUACUACCUAUCUGGAAAAGGCAAGAUUGAAAUUGAAGAAACAACAAGAUAAGGCACUUCGAUCGAAACGCGGUGAUGAGGUUUCUGUUUUGACGGAAGAUACCAGUGUCCAACCCACCGUGGCUCCGAGUAUUGCCUCCGAUCCCAAUGCGUCCACUGCCAUGAUUCAAGGAUUGGGGAUGAGAGCUAAUGGAAAUAUCAUGGCAAUGGCGAUAGCAGAAGGGGGCGAAGAUCCAGAUUUCGACGAGGCUCUUCGCAUUCAAGAACGGGCCAACAAGUAUCUGGCAAACAAGAAUUACAAAUACGCCAUUGAAGAAUACACGGCUGCCUUGUUUUUGGUUCCGGAUGAUUUUAACCUGUCUCCUGACUUGCAUUUGGGCCGCGCUCAUGCGUUGAAUGGAAGUCGAAGGCACGAAAGUGCCAAGAUGGAUGCUGUUCUGGCCCUGAGAAUCAAACAAUCGCCGGAAGCCUAUUCCACUUUGGCAAAGUCUCUAUUUUACAUGAAAGAUUUUGCUGGUUCCAUUGACGCCUUUGGAGAAUGUCAAGACAUGUUGCCACAAGGAGAAUCCUUGAGUAUGUUUGAUCGUGCUUACCUACAAAAGGCGCAACAAGCUCUGAGACAAGCAAGGGAAGAGGGUGAAUGGUCAGAAGAAGUCGCCGGAAAGUCGUAUUCAGCAAAACCUAUCCCAAAAUUGAAGCCACCACGAUUUGUUCCACGCGAAGAGGCCUUGAAUCGAACUCCAAAUGUACGUGCCAUGCCAAAGGAUUGGCCACAACAAUCACCACAAUCUGCGGAACCCAUUAGGUUUGGACCCGAACGCGAGAUUGUCUUUUUAUCGGAAGCAUUGGGAAUUAAGCUAAACCGUGGACCCGACGGAUUUGUGCGAGUCAUUGAUGUUUCGCCAGAUGUUCCUGGAUCACCCAUUGCCCGUCAAGGGGCUAUUGAAGUGGGAGAUAUUAUUCGUGAGGCUGCUGGUGUGGAUAUUCGUCGACCAAUUACCAAUAUAAUGUGGGGUGAUACAGUUGCCUUGAUCAAGAUGGCCCCUCGACCCGUUUCGCUCAUAGCAGCACAAGAACUCGUCGUAAAGUCUGUGACACCUGAAAAGAGGUGA